CCUGUAUUCAGUGUAAUUUAAACCCUGAUGCUAAUAAGGAGGGUGGGCCUCAUGUAUAUUGUGCAAGCAGCUGGGAAUGUGUCUCCAUGGCCACAGACAGCUGUGCACAGGUCCCCUGGGAGCAGGAGGCAGGACAGUAAUGACUCCCACUGAAUUGCAAUGACCUGUGCUCCUGUUUGUUCUUUGCUGUGCCUGGGAGACAGCUGAAGGAAUGGCCUGAGGUCAGCAACUCAUUGGGCAUUGUGGGUAAGAAGGAGUGACCUGCACUGCAAGACAGAGUCAUAAACAUCUCCCAACUAUAUACUGUCACAGUAUGUGUCAAGCCUGCUGAUUGUGGCACAGGGGCUGUUGAGGGGGAGAUUGGAUCCCAGGGAACUGAGUGCAACCUAUCACUCUUUUCAGUCUUAUCUGUAGGAACAAAUCAUUCUGACAAAGAUGGAGUACGCCAUGAAGUCUCUGAGCCUCCUCUCCCCCAAGUCUCUCUCCAAGUGCGUGUCUGUGAGCGCUUCUAUGACCCAACAGCUUCUCUCCCGCCCUGUAUCUAAGCCCAGACCCUACCGGGUGUGUAACAGCGAUCGCAGUCUCAGGAAAGGCAUUGUGGCUGACAGUCUGGAGGAUCUAAUUAAUAAGACUCAGGAUGCUCUGCUAAUGAAUGAAGCGAUUACGCUGGUUAUGGAGGAAGACGGGACAUGUGUGGACACAGAGGACUUUUUCCGAUCUUUGGAUGAUGGCGCUGUUUUCAUGGCACUUGUAAAGGGGCAGAAAUGGAAAUCUACGGAGAAUGCCGGAUACCACUUAUCCCUCAGCAAGCAGCCUCAGAGAAAGAUCGACGUGGCCUGUUUCAGCUUCGACCUCUAUAAAAAUCACCCUCGCGAUUUCAUUGGUUGCCUGAACAUCAAAGCCACUUUAUACGGAACCUAUACGCUGUCGUAUGACCUGCAGUGCUACGGAGCCAAGAGAAUGAUGAAGGAAGCUCUACGCUGGACUCUAUACACCAUGCAGGCCACCGGUCAUGUGCUUCUGGGGACGUCGUGCUACAUGAAACAGCUUCUGGAUGCCACAGAAAGAUCAGUUCCAGAGGAGGAGAAAUCCAGCGCAACCUUAAGAGACUUUAUCCCAUUUCCCCCCUGGAAGAUGCUGCAGUAAUUUGACCUCUGUUGCACCAUAGGAAGCUAUGGCCUAUUCUGUUCUACAUGGCGGCUAACAAGACCUCUGCUUCAGCUGUGCCUAAAAGGAAUAUACCACGGGGCACCUUAGAUGUAUAAGGCUGCUGGCUAUAUUUAUCCAGCCUUUACUUGCCCUUUAAUUCCAUGAUCUAUUAUUGAGUAAGGAAGGUAGGUCCCGAAGUAGCAUCUGAGCACAUUCCCAAAAGCAUUCACCCUUUCACCCCAAGCAAUUUGUACACAUUCAUAUCUCAACGUGGGGUAACCGCCCUCCCAUCCCCUUUAUUUACCUUCCAUUACACAAUAAUUCACUCUAUAAGAGCAGAAUUCUUUUAGUUGGUUUUGGUUCCAUUUCCACUGUUUUAUGUGAAAGCCUGUUGCUCAUAGUAAUGUUAAGCUACGAUUACUGAGCAAUAUUUUAGGGGAUUGGGAAAAGUUUAAUAUACACUUACUGCCCUCCACCCCCCUUUUAUUUAAAAAGAAGGGACACAGGGCUCUUAUCACUCGUCUUUUAGCGUCGCUUACAUAUAUAUUUUAAAAUCUAGAGUCGUGUACUGACCGUGAAACCUCAUGAGACACACCAGCCAAGCAACGCAGGGAAAUGGCAAUGAAAAGAACAAUAUUAAAUUAUUUUUGGUCCAGUGGAAACCUUUGCAAUGCAACUAACACUUGUCUGUUACAUGUUCCAUUCACUGUGCUUUAUGGACUUUAGAAUGAGUAUUUAUAUUUUAAUAUUGUUAUAAACCUACGUGUACCAUAUGAAUUAUAUCAUUAAAACACUUUUUUUUC